UAUCCAAUGCACCAAGAUGUCCAUUACACUAAAGAAAGACAGAAUACAGUACCUGUACAUCGGUCAUCUUGUUCUCCGUGUUGCGCCAUCUGCAUUUUCUAAGUUGUUUGACAGACAUUACAAUGGCGGGUUUAAAGCAGCAUUACUGGGAGAGAAAGACAAACUUGGUGAAUUGAAAGACGAAAAGAUCAUCACGAAUGCUCAGUGGCAACAACUGAAUACCAUCACAGAUGACGAUGCCGAUAAUCCCUGUCUUGAUCUGGAUACCGGACUUCUGUUGAUCCUAGUUAAAUCUCUGACAGGGAUAAAGAUUCCACCGUGGCGACCAUCAGUACUGGACACUUCGGUUGGUGCAGAUCUUUACAGAGUUGAAUUUUAUCUGAAUUAUAUCAUUCACAAAAAAGAAGAGAAGAUCGACGAUGAAGAAUUUUAUGAAAAACUGAAGGACAUAGCUAAAUCUAUUGAACGACUUGGAGGAUGCACAAUUUCUGAAGAACACAACAAGGUUCACGGUUACCUUGACAACGAUGAAAUCAAUCAAGUGAUUCAUUUAAUACAGCAACAGAAAGAUAUCAAUUCUUCAGAAGACCCUAUACCCAAAGAUCGUAGAGAAUCUAUUGAUAGAAAGGUAAAGAGGUGGAGAAAGCAAGACCAACAUUUUGUUACGACACUAGCAUCACAAAUGGCCAUGGAAAAAAUCAAAGAGAACGCAUGCGUUGUUCUUACUGGAGAGUCUGGCAAUGGCAAGACAAUAACAUCGCGACAUCUUUUAUUACAGUUAAACCAGGAUGAAGGGUUUGAAAUAGUUGUAAUCAAAAGAUCAGCAGAACUUGUAAAAUUAAGACGACGAUUUAAGAAGCAAGUGUUUAUAAUUGAUAAUUUUUGUGGAAGGUUUUCUGCCGACCAAAAAUGCAUAGCAGAAUGGGCAAUACAUAUGGACCUUUUUGAAGACAUUUUUAAAAGUUCCCAGGACCUUCGAUUUAUCAUUACUUGCAGAAAACAAGUUUAUAACUCAAAGCAGUUUUCGAAAAUAUUUAGAAAUACCAAAAUGUUUGAAUGUAAAUUGUUAUCGAAGAGCUUUACUCUUAGUAAGAAGGAGAAACGUACAAUAGCGUCGAAAUAUAUUGGAGAAGAUAAUAUGAGAAGGUUGGACGAAGAUAUUGUAGAUGAUAUUGAGAGUUUUUUCCUUUUCUGUCAACUUCGUAGUAAUGCAAGUGUGAGAAAUCAAGUAGAUUUCUUUAAAGAACCAAUUAGACUUUUGAAUACAGAACUGCAAAAUAUGUGUGAUACAGAUGAAUGGGCAUUUUUCAUUCUAACACUUUUAGUUGUUUUCGACAACAAGUUGGACACACGUUUAUUUCAUGGUAAAAUAAGAAAAUCACAACAAGAUGCAAUAGACGAGGUGUGUUCAGAUUGUGGAUUACUUAAUCAUCCUACCAUGCUUUUCAUAUCAUUUAGAAUUAAAGCCCUGCUAGACACAUUUAUAGAGGAACGUUAUAAAUACAUCAGAGCAAUUCAUGAUAAAAUAUUUGAUGUCACAAGUCUUUUUGUUGCUAAAAACAAAAAUGCACUUCGAUCAGUAUUGAAACAUGGGAGUAGUAAAUACAUUAGCGAGCGGGUUCAGUUUCAGUCCUUGAGUGAAGAGUGUAAGGAAUACACAAUAUUGAUUCCUCCAGAAUUGGAACAUGUCUACUUUAGGCGACUUGUAAAAGACAUUGAAGACCAAAAAUGGUGGGAAGUAUUUUCAGCUUCACAGACAGCAUUUGAAAUAUUUCGCAUACAGUUUCUGAAUUUUCUUGAAAAAUACGAGGGACUGGAUUCCUUGUUUGGAGAUAAAGUUAUGCCAUUAUACGUUUCUUCAUUCAUGGGAUAUAAAGACUUCGUAGAAUUUUUCCAAAAACGUGAAAAAUGUCUUGCAAUAAAAGCAGUUGAUGAGAGUGGAUUUACCUCUAUUCACGCUUCAUGUAUGAUGGGCCACAAAUCGGUUGUAGAAUUACUUCUUGAUGAAACGAAUGUAGACAUUACUACAAAAGACAAAGCAACUCCAAUUUACCUGGCAUCAAGCAUGGGACAUGCAGGUAUUAUCAAGAUUCUUUUGAGUGCUAAAGCAAAUAUUGAAAAUACAAAAUUGGAUGGAACAACUCCGUUAAUUGUAGCAUGUAAAAAUGGUCACAUAUCUGUUGUCGAAUUAUUGCUAGGUCAAAAAGCAGAUGUCAACAAAAGUAAAACGGAUGGAACAUCUCCACUCAUUAUUGCAUCACAAGAGAACAACAAAGAUAUCGUUAAAGUUCUUCUUGAAAAUAAGGCCGAUAUCACCCAAAAGACAAAAGCAGGUGUAACAGCAUUGUAUAUAGCGUGUGAACUUGGUCAUAUUGCUAUAGUUGAUUUAUUACUGAAAGCAGAUGAUAACAUUUUGAAGGGAGAUGAUUCAGGAUUCAAACUGCUUUACGUUGCAUGUAAAAACGGAAAUAACAAAGUUGUUGAAACGUUAGCAAACACCGACAUUGAACUUAACAGAACAAACGAGUCGGGAAUUACACCUCUUUAUAUUGCAAGCCAAGAGGGUCAUGCAGAUGUUGUCGAAAUUCUACUUAAAAAUGGCGCGGAGUCGAAUUACGCAAAUCAUGGUGGGUAUACGCCGCUUUACAUCGCUUGUUUACAAGGUCACACAACAGUCUUAAAAUUGCUAAUGCAAAAAUGUGCAGAUAUAAAUGCUGUAUUUUAUAAAGGGGCAACGGCCCUAUAUAUUGCGAGCCAGGAAGGCAAUCUUGAAAUGGCAAAAUCGUUGAUCGAAAAUGAAGCUGAUGUUAAUAAAAGUGACGAAACUGGUACCACACCACUGUAUAUCGCCUGUCAAAACGGUCAUAAAUCAGUUGCUGAAAUGCUACUUGACAACAAGGCAAAUAUAAAUCAGUGUACAGACGUAGGUGCCUCGCCACUUUAUAUUGCUUGUCAGAAGAACCAAGUAAAAGUUGCUGAUAUGUUGAUGAAGAAGAAUGCAGAAGUCAAUCUACAUACCAUCAACACAGCUACUCCUCUUCAUAUAGCAUGCGAACAUGGAUUUGCUGAAUUAGCUGCCAUUCUUUUAGCUAAUGGCGCAAAAGUUGAUCAGACUACUCGAGAUGGAGUAACACCUUUAUUCGUUGCAAGUCAAAAUGGUCAUGCAUCCGUAGCAGAAUUAUUGUUGAUAAAUAAUGCAGAUGCGAAUAUCAGUUUUAAAACAGGUGCAACUCCUCUGUAUAUGUCGUGUGAGAAAAAUAGAUAUGAUACUGCUAAAGUAUUACUAGAUUUUAAAGCCAAUGUCAACCAGAGUAACAAGGGUGGUUUUACGCCAUUAUUUAUAGCAUCUCAGAAGGCCAACUUUUCUAUCGUGGAACUCCUUUUAAAACACAACGCUAAUGUAAACAAAACAUCACAAAAUAGUUUCACUCCACUCUGUGUUUGUUGUGAAAAAGGUAACAAACCAACAGCAGAGCUAUUACUUAAUCAUGGAGCUGAUCUCAAUCAAAGUACCACAGACGGAAGAACGCCACUUUACAUCGCUAUUCAGAAUGGACAUAUGGAUUUAGCUAAUGUAUUGCAAAAAAGACAAGCCAUUGAAGACACAAAAAAAGAUGCACUCAUGCCUCCUUUAUGUCUUGCUAGUAAGAAAGGUGAUAUCGGUGUUGCAACUAUCUUGCUUAAGAAUAACAUAGAUAUAAAUGAAACAUCACCAGGAGGAGAAACUGCUAUCCACAUCGCUUGCAAGGAAAAUAAUGAACAGUUUGUACGACUUCUUCUAGAAAACAAAGCAAACACAGAGGUUUGUGACAGUUAUGGUCAAACUCCUUUGUUGAUUGCCACAAAAAAUGAAAACAUCCACAUAAUUAAGCUUCUUUUGGAACAAGAAGCUGGGGUAAGUUCUACCAAAAAAGAAGAUGAAACUGCACCAUUACAUAUUGCAUGCCAAAAGAAGAACGCAGAAAUUACGAAACUACUUCUAGAGCAUAAGGCAAACGUAAACCAAAUGGAUGAGGAACUCGUCUCGCCCCUUCACAUUGCAUGUAAAAAUGAAGAUCUGAAAAUAGCCGAUUUAUUACUACAGUAUAAAGCUGUUGUAAGUUCAUCUGAAAAUUUUGGGAACGCACCAUUAAUGAUUGCAUGCGAAACCCAAAAUCUCAAUUUAGUGCGUAUGUUGUUGGAAAAUGACGCUGAUGCGAAUUUAUGCGGAGAAAGUGGGUUAACACCUUUACAUAUGGCCUGUCAAAUGAGGAAUGUGAAGUUAGCAGAACUAUUACUUAAUAAUAAAGGAAAUCCAAACAAAAAAUACGAAGGGUAUACACCCCUCAUGAUUGCAUGUGAUACAGGAAUGACAGACUUACUAGAGUUGUUGCUGAAAAAUAACGCUGACGUGGACGAAUUAACGCCUUCUGGACUUACGUCACUGCAGUUUGCAUGUCAAAAAGAUCACGAGCUCAUUGCUAAAAAACUUAUAAGUCAUGGCGCAGAUGUUAACAAAGAAGUACCAGAUGGAUAUACUCCAUUAUUUAUAGCAUGCAGUAAAGGAAAUGAAAAAAUGGUCGGAUUUUUAUUACAAAAUGGAGCUGAUGUUGACAGACAAAGCAAACAAGAAUUUACGCCUUUACAUAUUGCUUGCGGAAAAGGGUAUACAAAUAUAAUAAAGAUGUUACUUAAAUAUAAUUCUGACGUUAGUUUAAGUACACAAGAUGGAUGUACUCCUCUUUACAUAGCAUGCCAGGAAGGACAAAAAGAAAUUGUAGAGUUGCUUAUUCACAGUAGUGCAGAUGUUAAUAUGAGUACAGAAUCGAAAGUUACACCAUUGUACAUUGCUUGUGAUUUCGGACAUACCUCAAUAGUAGAACUGCUACUCAAAAACAACGCCGAUAGCACCAUAUGCAGAGAAGGCGGUUUUUCUCCGUUGUAUAUAGCUUGUGAAAAGGGACAUCUAAAUAUUGUGCAAUUACUAUUAGAAUAUGAAGCACAAGUUAAUCAGACUCAGAACGAAGGUGCAACGCCCUUGUAUAUCGCUUACGAAGAGAAGCAUUUCAACAUUGUUAGAUUAUUGAUGAAAUACGGCGCUGAUCCUACCAUUUGUACGCAAAGUGGGUUAUCUCCGAUGUACAAUGUUUUUGAGACGGGUAAUUCAAAAGUGGCUGAACUAUUUUUGGAACAUAAAGUGAAUCCGAAUGGUAGUUUUCAAAAUGGGUCAACACCAUUGUCAAUUGCCUGUGAAAAGGGUUAUCGCGAACUUGUUGAAUUAUUACUACGGUAUGCAGUAGACGUUACCCAAACAACAGAGGACGGUCUCACGCCGUUAUAUAUUGCUUGUGAGAAUUACCAAACUGAUAUUGUAAAUCUUUUGUUAGAAAACAAGGCAGAUCCAGACCAAAGAACUAAUGAAGGAUUUUCAGUUUUGUAUUUGGCAGCACAGCAAGGAAAUUGGGAUAUAGUUGAAGUUUUACUAAAUUUUGAAGCAGACACAAAUCGGAAAACGAAACGUGGAUCAACGCCUUUACAUAUUGCAUGUGUAAAGAACAAUUUGGCUAUUGGAGCAUUGCUUAUAGAAAAUGGCGCAGAUGUAAAUUUAGGAACAGACGAAGGGGGGACUCCUUUAUAUCUCGCAUGUCAGGAAAACCAUAUUGCUGUUGCUAAUUUGCUUAUUCGACAUAACGCUAUCAUUAACCAAGCUACAAACGCAGGCGCGACGCCUCUUUACAAGGCAUGCGAGAAAGGGCAUCAACAAAUCGUGAGCCUUCUGAUAAAAAAUGAGGCUGACGUCGACAAAUGUAAAGAAGAUGGGUUCUCUCCCCUUUACACGGCAUGCGAAAUGGGCCACAUAGAGAUCGUUAGUGUCCUUCUUAAACACAGAGCCAAAGUGAAUAAAGUUACAUCUGGUGGUUUUUCACCACUGCAUGUUGCAUGUAAAGAAAAUCACGAGAAAAUAGUAGAGAAACUGAUCAACCAAUAUGCAUUCACUAACAUCAGCGACAACAAUGGUCUUUCGCCUCUUCAUGUUGCUUGCUCAAAUGGUUACAUCCCUGUCGUAAAAUUCCUUCUCGGUCGUAAUGCUGAGGUGAAUCAGAAAACAAAGGAUGGAAAAUCGCCUUUACAUGUUGCUGUAGAUAAAGGAUUUUUAGAGGUAGCCCAGAUGUUGUUGAAACAUCAUGCAUCUGUCGAUAUAGAGGAUACAAGUGGAUCGACGCCGCUCUAUACGGCUUGUGAAAAAGGUCAUUUCAACAUAGUAAAAUUACUGAUAAAACGAAACGCAAACGUUAACCAUGUUAAUAGACUGAACGCAACCCCGUUGUUUAUUGCAUGUGCGGAAGGUCAUAGGAAAGUAGUUGAUAUGUUACUAAGAAAUGAUGCAGAUGUUAACAUGACAACAAAAAAAGGACAUACUCCUUUUUCAGUCGCAAUGUUAAAUGGCUAUGACGAUAUUACGGAAAUACUUACCAAUACUGGUAACCUCAAAACAAGAGCGAAACAUAACAAUGACGGUCGUGGUAUUGCACACACACAGUUGCAAGAUAACGAAUUAAUGGCAAGAUUGGCGACAAUUUAUUCUAUUGAUGAAUCUGAACCAAUACAAGAUGAGUUCGAGAUAAGUGAAAACUUCAAGCACAACACUCAUCCAUAUAGCGAAAAUGACAUGGGCAAAUAUGAAUGUCGGGAAACAAUUUCUGAACGGUCAGAAGCAUUAACUGAACGUAGUAAAGAAACAAAUAUAAUACCAGAACUAAUAAAAACUGAAAGAUCCUCUAAAAGUAUAAAAACUAAUAAAGCUGUUAAUGACAGAGAUGAUUUUCAGUCUCCUACUCCGGACCAAAAGAAGAAAUUUAAAAGCGUAGUAGAACGCGAAGUAUUAAAGAAAAGCCCGGCAUGUGUUGUUCUGUAAGCCUAAUAAAGCUGAUUUGAAAACAGUUCGUAUUAAAAUUGUAAAAACCAUGGAACAAAUCUAUUUUUGGAACAAAACUAUUUUUCAAAUUUGAAAGGAAAAUGAUGCGCAUGGCAAUCGUUUCAACAUUUUUAUAAGUGGUAGAAAAAAGUCGGUAUACUACUACUAGUGUUAUAUUUCCUUUUUUUAUAAAUUUGAACAGUUAAAUGUUCACCUCGACUCUCAGGUAGUUUACAGUACCUGGCCAUGAUCCAGUCCCCGUAACAAAAUCAACCCGUAUAUAUGUGUUUGAGCUUUUGAUUUUGCCAUUUGAUAAGGGACUUUCCGUUUUGAAUUUUCCCAGGAAUUCGGUAAUUUUGUUAUUUUACUUUUUUCAUAUAAAAUCACAUUUUCAUUAAAAAGUAUAUUGUGAACUUAUAUUCUUGUCGGAUUUUGACAUCCUAAUUUAUAUAUAACUGCAGUGUUUCAUCAUAUUCUUAUAAUUUACUAUUUUUAGAGAAAUCACAAAUUAAACAUGAUUUUUUUA